CAAAAUGUCCUCGCUGAUCUGUCAGGGAAGCCAAGAACAAAGAAUCUUAUUGAAACGAAUUCUAACACCAUUCAUAGUGCAAUCAAACAGUGGAUUAGUCGGAAAUAAUCGGUUACGGUCGAUCAAACGAUUUCAAUUUUUGAACUCAUUUGAAGCAUUUUUUGAAUUUUUGGCAACCUCUGGCGCCACACCGGCCAUUGUACGGUCGUAUUGCCACCAAAAAGAUGGCCGACAUUUGUUUUUGCGAUUACCCCGUAAAAAUGUGGUAUUUUACAAUGAAUACAUAGAAAAUCAGUGUAUCUUUUAAUGAAAAUAAAUAAUUGUGACCUUAAUACAGUGAUGAAGUGUCAAAAUAGUGGCUAACGUUGAACGAAGUUGCAAAAUCUUGCUUGUUUGCAAACUCCCUUUGGCGUGCUGGGCUUACCUUAAGUUUUCUCAAACUUCGAUCAAUUGCAAUGUAUCCGUGCUACGUUCGAUCAAUUGUAAAACGCUUCCGAAUACAAUAAGUACCAUCUCAUAAUAGCGGAUACGAUAUUUUGUGCUUUAGCAAUUAGUUUUACCUUUUUAAAUCAGUAACCAAAGUCCCGUUUCGUUACUUGGUUAGGUUAGGUUAGAUUGGUGUGUUCAGUGAUUGGUAUGACGCUAAAAUCAUUUUCCCCGUAUUAUUCGGGGGUAAUUUUACCGCAAUGUGCUCCGUGAACAGUUUAAUAAACUCUUGAUUAUACCUAAGUAAAACAAAACAAUGGCGACCCCAGAAUUCGACGUGGAAUUAUUUGAAAAGAGGCUCCAGUCUCUCAAAGAUUCUCAGGAGUCAAUACAAGCUCUUUCCUCAUGGUGCCUCGAGAGGCGGCCUCAUCACAAAAAAAUCGUAGCUACCUGGUUGCAAGUCCUCAAAAAAGUUAAGGUUGAACAUCGUCUAACGUUAUUCUACCUGGCAAAUGACGUGAUUCAAUAUUCAAAGCGUAAAAAUUACGAGUUUGUUGAGUCUUGGGGUACAACGUUACAACGAGCUACCACAAUGGUUAGAGAUGAGAAAGUAAAACACAGGAUUUUAAGAAUCUUCAAAAUAUGGGACCAACGUCAAGUUUACGAUGAAGAAUUCCUCGCUGAUUUGUCUGGUCUGCUAUCAGCCGCACCUAAAAAGAAACCAGAUCCUCAGCCCACUAUUGCCAGUGAUGAAUUUCAGGCGAGUCUCUUGAUCUCAACUAUGAGAUCCUGCGCUACUCUUGAGCAAGCUACAGAUGCUAGAUUGCAAGAUUUGAGAGACAGCAACACGGAUAUUGAUAAUGCGGAAGAAUUGUGUGCAUCGUUAAAAGAUAGAAGGCAUGUUGAAGAUGCCGAGAAAGAUGUGGAUAUCGCAGUAAGGAAUAUCGAAAAUUAUGUGUCAGCAUUAGAGGCUGAAAUUCGGGAAAGAACACAGGUUCUAGACCUACUCGAACAGGCUGAUCAGUUCUACGAAACUCAACGUGGGGAGGUCAAAAUUGUUACUAAUGCAUACAGAAACUUUGGUAGCCGAGUUAAAAAUCUCAAGAAGAAGUUGGAUGAAUUAUUACCAACUCUAGUCUCACCGAUUCCAUCACCAGACAUCAAUGCUCCAAGUCCGAGUCCAGACAGCGACAUUGAGCUUCCCGGUGAUGAUCAUCUUGGUAUGAACCAAUCGUCCAUCAUAGAUAUUCCACCGCCAUCGAUGUACGGUUCCUAUAGACAAGAUUACGAGCCUAUGCCGGUACCAGCACCUGACCAAUCUCAUGGAAAUAUGCCGGGUGAUUUUACUGGCAAUUUCAGUUCUUUUAUGGGAGGAAAUGUCGAGUUUGAUAUGCGCAAUAUAUUUAAUGACAGAUCAGCAACUCCGACUGGAAUGAGUCAGUACAAUGAUUCUCUCGAGGCAAAACCAAUUGAAGUGAUAAAUAUGCGUCCUUCAAAAACCGAAGGAAAGGCUGAUGGAUUCAACAUUUCAAGUUUUUUAAAAUCGGUUCUCCCUUCAUCAGAGAUAGCUACUAAUAAUUCCAACAUUCCUGGUCUCGGCUUAGACGGUUCAGGUCCACCAAUGAAAUCUCCUCCGCCUGGGGACUACAGACAUUCAUCUCCCCUUCGUCAGCACUUGGGCACUCCAGUAAACUCGAGACAAAUUAAUGUGCAAAAUACACCUCUUGGCAAUCUAAGUAACUGUCAGCUACCACACAGUACGCCCUUAUCCGGAGUCAGAAGUUUAACCAUUGAUUCACACACCCCUUCGCCAUACUCAAGCCAAAAUAGUCAAGGGAACAAUACCAGUAUGAACUUGGCUUUUGACAGCACCGGAAACUCUGUCAAUCCUUUACCACCUCCGCCAAUGCCACCGCCUAUUUUUCUAGAUGAUGAAAAUUGCUACAAUAAACUACCUCCUAAAUUUCCUACAUGGUCGUCGGGGAAUGAAUUGAACAAGGAGCCAUUGGGUUGGGAUGACAAAGGAUUUUAUGAAGAUGCUACUGCUUUAAAUGCUUCAGAUAAUAAUAGCAUGAAUCCAAUUUGGCCAGCAGACAACGGUGACAAUCGAUCUAAAUCAAAAGCAGGAUGGCUAGAGGAUCUUGGAAACGACCAUUGGGAUUCUGGUAACGAUGUUUGGCCGAACGCAAGAUCGAAAAACAUCAUGUUAGAAACACCAGAAUCUCCUCCACUGUUUGAAAAGGCAGGUUUCAUAGAUCCUAUAGAAUAUGACGACUCACAGCCUCAAGAGCCUCUACUCAGCAGCUCUGGAGACGUAGAUCACAGGGUUAUACCUAUGCCAAUGGUUGUGGAAAAUCAGUUGCCACAUCGCCUCAUGAAAACCGCAGAUGUUGAUCACCGUAAUCUCAUCAGCCUCACUGGCAGUCCUGCCAAUCACAACAAUCCUACUGAUCAAGCCCUAUCUGUGACAGGCAACCCGAAUUGGCCACAGACUGACCAGGAUUACAGGCAACAGAUGCAGCCAGGGGAUAUUGUCGAGAGCGUCGACAUGGAAAUGUCUGACGACGAAGUAGAUGGAAAGCCAAAAGGUGGUAGAGUUCUAGUGGAUCUUCGACAGCAGGACAGAGAUUCCCGAGCCUUGUUGCCGCCGCCAAGCCAUCAUCUGGAUAUGGAUAUGCGUAGGAUUCCCCUUCCUGGUGGGCAGUUGCCACCGCAAAGUCCGUUACUUCAAACUCCCAAUUCUCAUGGUAUCCAUCAAAAUCAGUCGCAGUUUCAUCACAAUCAACCAGAUUUUCGAGGAAAUCAUCAAAUGAAUUUCCGACAAAAUCAUCCAGAUUUUCAUCCAAAUCAACCAAAUUUCCAUCAAAAUCCUCCAGUAGAGUUUCGCCAUAAUGAGCCUAAUGUUCGUCCUAAUCAGCCAAAUUUUCAUCAAAAUCAGCAGGAAUUCUACCAAAAUCAGCAACAAGAGUUCCGCCAGAAUCAACAACAGCAAGAAUUUCGCCAGAAUCAACAGCAACAGCCGGAAUUUGAAUUUCAAGAAAAUCAAAACGCCAGACGGCGGAUUAGUCAAGAAUUUCAAGGCGAGCCACCUCAGUGUCCAAGAUUCCCAAUUCCCGUGGAUCAUCACCAACGUGAAUCUCCGAAUUUUCUGAGAAACGAACGAGGCAGGGGCCGCGGCUUUCCUCGGAACAGGAGAGACAGAUUUUCCGAGGAUCAUAACCAGCAAAGAAAUCUCAAUCAAAUCAAUAACCGAAGACCCAGACAUUUGGAAAAUCAAAAAUCACCGACGGAACUGCUCCCCAAUAAUCGACCCUUGCUUUUGAGACCCCCAGACACUGUAGUCGUUCUAGAUGAUGACGGAACGCCAAUUUCCAUACCAACGGAUAACGAAAGUGAUCAGGUGCAGUCCAACUCCCAAGAAAGACCGCACGAAGACCUAAACCAAAAUCAAGAGAUUCAGUCCAAUCAGGAUAGCGAAACGUCUGCGCCGAUUCCAGACGAAGAAGAAUCACCUGAGAAGACUUCGGAUCGGGUCAUAGAACAGGAGUUAAUUCCUGAACGAGAAACUAGUAUUCCUCCAAACACCGAAGAGAAAGAAGAAGAUACGGCACAGGAAACACUAUCUUCUGAGAUAGCUACCGAAGUCCUGCAGCCACCCCAGCAGGAAACAGAAAAAUCUGAUCAAGAUGAACCUCUAAAAGAACCGCCAACCCAAAAUGUCGAACAACCUAGACAGUUGUCGGAACAGUUAGAAGCGCUAAUGAACUCUAAUAGUAAACAAACUAAUAACAAUCUCAAGCGACAAUCUGAAAAUGGUAACUAUCUUGAUCAACAAGAAGAAGGUACGCCUGUUAAAAAACGGACACUUUUACCCAACGGUCCACCUAUAAGCCACCUUACCGGAGGACCACUUAUACCUAAUGCUCCUCUACUUGGACCAAAUGGAACUCUGAUGACAUCUAGUACCCCUAUCGAGCUCCAUCCUGUCGUUGUUUAUGAGUACGAUAACGCAAAUUCAGGAUUUAGGCCACGUGGUGGCGGCAACGUUGGCCCACAAGCAUCUUCUUUUUCACCGUGGCGAGGAAGCGGACCUCCAAGAGGUAGGGGUGGAUUCAGAGGAGGUCCCCGACCUGCAUGGACCGACAGGGGGGCCAGAGGCGGAGGUCCGAGAGGUACAAAACGAGGAGGUGGUCAAUUUCGAGGAGGUUUUAGAGGUCGAGGUCGGGGUAAUAAUUGGUAGGAUUACGAUCGCUAUCACUAUUUCAAUAACAAGAACUAGUGAGAUAAGAUUCUGACUCGAUCAUCGAUUUGGUAAAAGUAGGUAAAAACUAUUUAGGCUCUUUUGCUUUUUCUUUACUAUUUUUUUUCUUUAUUAGGAUAGACGGAGUUUAAGAGAAACUUGUGUUGAUGCAUUGGAAGGUCGAUGAAAAGUGUGUGAUGAUAUGUAUCUUCUUUUAUUUUUUGGAAAAAAACUGUUUAAAAAAAAUGAGAUGAAGGUCGAAAAACAAGAAAGAAAAGAAAUUAAACUAAAUUGUUCUCGGUAUAGUCUGCUGAUAUAGUCUAGUGGGUUGUGUAACUGACAUACUACUGGGUGUUUAAUGUACAUAUUUAAUUAAUAAUAUUUAUCAUACCGUGUAUUGAUUUAUUUCUUAUGUCGUAUAUUUGAUGUGUAUAAACGCCGUGCUGCAAGAAACUUUUUCUUUCUCGAUGAACGCAUUCUACGAGAAUUCGUUCAAAACUGAAAAUGAUAUAGGAGAUUGAGGUAGUCUUGCAACGCGGUUAUCGACUAGUUAUUUCGCACUGGUUUAACAAACUAUUUCUUGGAUACAUGAAGAAGAAAACAAUAAUAACGAAAGGUCAUACGUGGGUAGCUAGUUGGGCUUGUGUCUAAAAAGUCUGGCGUUCUUCAAUCUUAACGGAUUAAUAGUAAUAAUUUUUAAUGAGAGAUAAAGAAAUAUGACGGGCAGGAGCUCUUGAAAAGAAAUUUUUAGUUAAACGAAUUAAAAUCACUCGAUAGUAUGUAGAUUAUCGCUUACGAAAAAUCUUGUAGCAAUUCUGUUGCAGAAUUAGAAUUAAAAACAAAAAAAAACAAACUUGAAAUAAAAAGUUAAUUUACAGUUUACCUUAUAAUAGAAACUUACAUCGUUUCUAUAUCAAUGUGGUUCCAACAGCAGUCAAUCGCUUUGGUAAAUUAUUGAAUAUGAGUGAUGAAAUUCUUAUGCAUUUAUAAAGUAUGAAUUUUAUCUUACCCAUUUCAAUCUCGAAACAUGUUAUAUAAAUAUAUAUAUACAUACAUAUAUAUAAUUUCAUGUAUUAAUAAAUACAACAUUUACGUUUUCACCAUUUCACAUGUGCAUUUCCCCUGCUUCUCUGAAAUGCAUUAAAAUAUAUACAUCUACAAAAAAAAAAGUCGAAAAGCGAAUAUAAAAAAUGAAUUGAAUAAUGAAUAUUCUAUCAACGUUCGUUUACGCUAGGGAGUAUGUGCGAUAGGAAACCAUUUUUCAAAUUCAGAAAUAAAAUUUCACCUGAAAAAGAAUGAACAAAUUCAAAAACGUUCGGAAACCCUGUCGCGUUCGUUCCGCGCAUGCGGUUUCACGUCGGCACCGUAUAUAUUCGGUCUGAACUUUAUUAUCGAAUUUUUACGUUUACUUGAAAUUCAAAAAUAUUUUUUUUGGGUUUUUUUUUUCUCGCUAUUUUUCUUCUACAUUUUGUGAUAAGAAUAAGUUCUGUCGCUUGUUCGAUUAAAUAAAUUUCGAGGUGAAAUUCAAUUUUAAUCGCGAAAUUUUGAAGCGCAUUUUACAAAAAAAUAAAUAAAUAAAGAGGACGUCAAAGAUAUAUCAUCAUAUUCAUCAAAGAAAAUACUGUAUGGAGGUCGGAAUGAACUUUGGAUGUAGGAAAACUAGAUGUGCGUUAUAAUUUUUCGCUUUUUUUAUUUUAUUUCAAAUUCGUGCAGUCAGUUUUUAUUCCGCCCGUGUUUGUUAUAUCAUUAUUACUAUUAUGAUAGUCAUUAUCAGGAAGAGUAGAAAAAAUUUUUUCGACAAGCGACGGAAUUUUAUUUGUAGGUACUCGUAGGUAUUAAAAUUCAAAACUUAGAAAAAUAUAUUAAGAUUCUCCCUUCACCCCCCCCCUAUGUACCAUAUAUCUAUACAUAUAUAAAUAUGAGAAACUCUUAGAUUUAAUAAGUUGUUUAAUAAAAUUUGAAAACAAAAACCAAAAAA